CUAUUGUCUUACUGAGAGCAGGGGCUGUGGAUUGCAGUAUCUGGUGUCCGCUACCUAUUUAUGCCUCACUGUAUCACGGAAGGGACGCUGGCCUUCCCUUAUCUCUUGGAUUUAAACCAGAAGCUCCUGCCUUUUGCUUCGUGAAGAAGGACCUUUGGUUGCAAGGAAAAGCUGUCUGCAGUGUGAAGCAGAGGAGGGGAAAAGAGAAGAGAGGAGAGGAGAGGAGAGUCUGGCAGCUUGGAGAGCUUGGACUGCAUUGUCUGGCUUCAUGACCCCUGCUGUGUAGCAGCCUCAUCCCUACUCUCAUACACUCCCUCUGUCUUCCACUGUUUUUUCUUCUUUCCUUUUUAAAAUAGCAGCAUCUGGGGCCAGCCAUGUUUGGCACUGAAUCUUCAUUGAGUAUGUUUUUGAACACAUUAACCCCCAAGUUCUAUGUUGCCCUGACAGGCACUUCCUCUUUAAUCUCGGGACUUAUUUUGCGUAUGAAAACAGCUGAAACCAAAGAUUUAUCCACACCAGCUCCCUGUCCAUCUUCUCCAACAUUUGGAGAAAGGCAGGCAGUAGUGGAUGCCUGGGGAAGUGUAUCAGUACAGAGCAGAUAUAUAGUGAUACUUCUGUCCCUGGCUCCUGUGAUUUCCACUUGGGUGCUACUGCGAGUACAUGCAGAAAUAACAAAUGCAGUGACAAAAGUAUUGUGGUACUUACAAUGCAAAGUCUGGCGAAAUCCCUUAAACCUGUUCAGAGGAGCUGAGUAUAAUCGGUAUACAUGGGUAACAGGGAGAGAACCUUUGACCUACUACGAUAUGAAUCUUUCAGCACAGGACCAUCAGACAUUCUUUACUUGUGACACGGAUCAUUUGCGGCCUGCAGAUGCUAUAAUGCAAAAAGCCUGGAGAGAGAGAAACCCACAAGCCCGAAUUUCUGCAGCACAUGAAGCUUUGGAAUUGAAUGAGUGUGCCACUGCCUAUAUUCUCUUGGCUGAAGAGGAAGCAACAACAAUUGUAGAAGCAGAGAAGCUUUUUAAGCAAGCUCUGAAAGCUGGAGAGGGCUGCUACAGGCGUAGCCAGCAAUUACAGCACCACGGUGCCCAGUAUGAAGCCCAACACAGAAGGGACACCAAUGUGUUAGUUUACAUUAAGAGGAGGCUGGCAAUGUGUGCAAGAAAGCUGGGAAGGACCAGGGAAGCAGUGAAAAUGAUGAGAGAUUUGAUGAAGGAGUUUCCUUUGCUCAGCAUGUUCAACAUCCAUGAAAAUCUGCUAGAAGCUCUGCUGGAAUUGCAAGCAUAUGCAGAUGUCCAGGCAGUUUUAGCGAAGUAUGAUGAUAUAAGCUUACCAAAAUCAGCAACGAUAUGUUACACAGCUGCAUUGCUCAAAGCCAGAGCUGUCUCUGACAAAUUUUCUCCAGAGGCUGCCUCAAGGCGAGGGCUGAGUACAGCAGAGAUGAAUGCAGUAGAAGCUAUUCACAGAGCAGUAGAGUUUAAUCCACAUGUGCCAAAAUAUCUACUAGAAAUGAAAAGCUUAAUUCUGCCCCCUGAACAUAUUCUGAAGAGAGGGGACAGUGAAGCAAUAGCAUAUGCUUUCUUUCACCUUCAACACUGGAAAAGAGUAGAGGGGGCAUUGAAUCUCUUACACUGUACAUGGGAAGGCACUUUCAGAAUGAUCCCUUAUCCACUGGAAAAAGGACAUCUUUUCUACCCUUACCCUAUUUGUACAGAAACUGCAGAUAGAGAGCUACUGCCAUCAUUUCAUGAAGUUUCAGUUUACCCCAAGAAAGAACUUCCUUUCUUCAUCCUCUUCACUGCUGGAUUAUGUUCUUUCACAGCCAUGCUAGCCCUCCUGACACAUCAGUUCCCAGAGCUUAUGGGGGUCUUUGCAAAAGCUUUUCUCAGCACCCUCUUUGCCCCUUUAAAUUUUGUUAUGGAAAAAGUAGAAAGUAUCCUGCCUUCCAGUCUGUGGCACCAGCUGACGAGGAUCUGAGGGAGCACACCCGCUGACUUGACUGCCAUGACAUCUUCUGUGCCAACUUUUUGUUGACCACAAGAAAGCAUGAUAAAAAAAGGGAAGCAGUUCUAAGACUUAAAAACUCUUCAUGGAUUGUCUGUUCUCAUAUAAAAACUGUUUUGUUGUACAAAAUACAUUGAUGUUAGGUUCUAUUAUAUUUUGCUUUCAGAAAAGAAAAAACUUAAAAAUAAACUUUUGUGUAUUG